AUGGAGAAAGUCAAGCAGUCACCCAAACGAGUUUUUAUCAACAACAUAGACUCAUACUCAUCCAAGCACAUCGCCAAGUUUGUGUCUGAAUGUGUUGUGGGAACAUCUGUUGAUCCUGAUGGAGAGAUGGAGACUGAGGAGGAGGAGAGGAUGAAAUCAAACAACAGCGGAGCAGCAGCCUUUCAGGUGGUAGGAAGUGUCUCUGAGAAAUCAGACGAGGACAGACCGCAUGUGCUGGAGGAGUAUUUAGGACUGGACAGAGACCAGCUCCUUCCAAAACUAAUGAGCUGUGAUGUUAUCAUCUACAACAUCAGCCAGCACAGUGAACAGGUGGAGGAGGCCCUCUGGGCUGUUUCAGCUCUUCACAAUGAAAUGGGGAAUUUUUCUGGACCAAAGACGUUUAUCCUCAUCUCCACAGUGAUGACUUGGGCAUGCAGCAAGCCAGUGGACCCUGAUGACGUGGAGCUUCCUUUCACUGAUCAGAUUUUCUGGAGAAGAAGAGCACAUCCCAGCUUCAAACAACACAUUGACCUGGAGAAAAGGGUGGUCAAAAUGGGCAAAACUAACAGAACAUUGUUCUCGACAUACGUGGUGGCGUCAGGACUUCAGUAUGGGAUGGGAGAGCAGGUCUUCCACUUCUUUUUCAAGACGUCGUGGCUGGGACAAGAACCUCAAAUACCUGUCUUUGGAGACGGCAGCAAUAUCAUCCCCACGAUUCACAUCAAUGACCUGGCAAGUGUGAUUCAGAACGUGAUUGAACAUCAGCCCAAACCAUAUUACCUGCUGGCUGUGGACUAUUCCAACAACACCAUGGAGAACAUUGUAAAGACAGUUGCCUCUGCACUUGGACCAGGGAAGAUCCAGAAAAAGCCAUUUGAAGAAGCCUUCCUCACAAAGGACUUAAGUACAACGGAAAUUGAUUCCAUGCUGGUCAACCUUCGCAUGGAGGGCGUCUAUGUCAAGGAACUGUUCUCUAUCAACUGGCAGUGUGAAUCUGGUUUGGUGGAAAACAUGGAGCUGGUGGUGGAGGAGUACCGGCAGAGCAGAGGACUGCUGCCCAUCCGUCUGUGUGUUCUGGGUCCUCCUGCAGUGGGGAAAAGUACAGUAUCAAAGCAGAUCUGUGAACACUACAAGCUCCAUCACAUCACACUGAAGGAGACCAUCUCUGAAACCAUCACACAGCUAGAAAACACUGUGAAGAGAUUUGAUCCAGAUGCAGAGAACGAGGAUUCAGCAGCAGAGGCCCAUGACCUGCUCAACAGACUGAAGGACAGUAUGGAGCAGAGUGGAGGUCAUAUGGAUGACCAGCUGUUGGUGAAGGUGCUGAAGGUAAAGCUGAUGUCUAACCCUUGCAGAAAUCAAGGUUUUGUUCUUGACGACCUUCCCAAGACAUAUGAACAAGCUAAAGAGCUCUUCAGUGCUGAAGAAGAUGAAUCCGAAGAUGGGACAUCCCACAUUUCUUCACAUAGCAGGAAGAUUAUGCCAGAGUUUGUGUUGCGCCUGGAUGCAACAGACGCCUUCCUGAAGGACCGGGUGAUGAACCUGCCUGAGAGGCUGGUGCAGGAACACAACUACGAGCAUGAGCACUUCCUGCGAUGCCUCGCCAGUUACAGAGAAAAUAACAUGGAGGAUGAAACUGUUGUCAACUACUUUGAUGAGCAGGACAUGACCCCUCUGAACCUGGAGAUCACCAGCAGUGACGAACCUGACUGCCUGCUGCUGAUGCAGAAGAUCUACGACACGGUGGGCAAGCCCAGGAACUACGGCCCCAGCAGUCAGGAGGUAGAGGAGGAGGACAUGAGGAAGGCUGAAGAGAAACUGAGGAGAGAGGCUCUGGAGAGGGCACAAGAGGAGCAGAUGGAGGUGAAGGAGGCCAGACACAGGACUGCACGCUGGGAGGAGUGGACUAAUGGUUUGGAAGAGGUGAGGCAGCAGGAGGAGGAGCUGCUGGAGGCCCAGUCAGUCCCUAUGAGGAACUACCUGUUGGAGCACGUCAUGCCCAUUCUGACCCAGGGUCUGAUCGAAUGCUGCAGAGUGCGACCACACGACCCCGUGGAUUUCCUGGCAGAGUACCUGUUUAAGAACAACCCCUCUGACUACUGAAUGUACACACUUCUACAGAUACAAAU